GUACAAGAUGGGUGCCAAGUUACAGGAGAGAAGACCGGAUUCAUUGGAAUAUCCUGGUCCUGGAGAAUACAACAUAGAAAAGGCCGAUAGAGUUGCACGCAGCCACUCCCCAGAGUACAAGAUUGGUGUUAAGUUAAAGGAGAGGAAAGCAGAUUCACUGGAUUACCCUGGUCCUGGGGAGUACAACAUAGAAAAUGCCGAUAGAGUUGCACGUAGCCACUCUCCAGAAUACAAGAUAGGCGUCAAGCUAAAGGAUAGACGACCGGAUUCAUUGGAUUACCCUGGUCCUGGAGACUACAACGUAGAAAAGGCCGACAGAAUUGCGCGCCGUCACUCCCCAGAGUACAAGAUGGGUGCCAAGUUACAGGAGAGAAGACCGGAUUCAUUGGAAUAUCCUGGUCCUGGAGAUUACAACAUAGAAAAGGCCGAUAGAGUUGCACGCAGCCACUCUCCAGAAUACAAGAUUGGCGUUAAGUUAAAGGAGAGGAAAGCAGAUUCACUGGAUUACCCUGGUCCUGGGGAGUACAACAUAGAAAGCGCCGAUAGAGUUGCACGUAGCCACUCUCCGGAAUACAAGAUAGGCGUCAAGCUAAAGGAGAGACGACCGGAUUCAUUGGAUUACCCUGGUCCUGGAGACUACAACGUAGAAAAGGCCGACAGAAUUGCGCGCCGUCACUCCCCAGAGUACAAGAUGGGUGCCAAGUUACAGGAGAGAAGACCGGAUUCAUUGGAAUAUCCUGGUCCUGGAGAUUACAACAUAGAAAAGGCCGAUAGAGUUGCACGCAGCCACUCCCCAGAGUACAAGAUUGGUGUUAAGUUAAAGGAGAGGAAAGCAGAUUCACUGGAUUACCCUGGUCCUGGGGAGUACAACAUAGAAAAUGCCGAUAGAGUUGCACGUAGCCACUCUCCAGAAUACAAGAUAGGCGUCAAGCUAAAGGAUAGACGACCGGAUUCAUUGGAUUACCCUGGUCCUGGAGACUACAACAUAGAAAAGGCCGACAGAAUUGCGCGCCGUCACUCCCCAGAGUACAAGAUGGGUGCCAAGUUACACGAGAGAAGACCGGAUUCAUUGGAAUAUCCUGGUCCUGGACAAUACAACAUAGAAAAGGCUGAUAGAGUUGCACGCAGCCACUCCCCAGAAUACAAGAUUGGUGUCAAGCUAAAGGAAAUAAAGCCGGAUUCAUUGGAUUAUCCUGGUCCAGGAGAGUACAUCAUUAAAAAGGCCGAUAGAGUUUCCCGCAGCCACUCUCCGGAGUACAGCAUCGGCGUGAAAUUAAAAGAUAGACCGCCGGACUCUUUAUAUUAUCCUGGUCCUGCAGAAUACUACCCUGAAAAGGCUGACAGGUUGGUACGAAGCCAUUCUCCUGAACAUGUCAUCGGCGUGAAAUUGAAAGAAAAGCUUCCAGAUUCACUGGAAUUUCCUGCUGCUUGUGACUACGACGUCUCCAAGGGAGAUGACAUAGUUUAUGGCUCCCCUCCCAGGUAUACGAUAGGCUUUAGGACACCUCAACCAGUGCCAGAUUAUACGAGCUUCCCAGCACCUGGAGACUACAGCAUUUCAAGGAGUGAAGGACACGCUUUACUGCUGGCUCUCCUAAAUUUAGUCUAGGAAUAAAAUUGAAGGACAGGCUUCCUGAUCACGUCGAUU